UCAAAUUCCUAUAAUUCCCGGAAAAUAUCAACAUUUUCAUGUUGGCAACCAAUCAGCAAGUGGAGAAGGUGGAGCUACUAAUCCAGUAUGCGUGCCCCAAAGCCACACGUGAUCCGGCUGUAGUUCCAAGUGGUCACAUCGGAAUCAGGAGACAAUGGAGUUGAAUGUGAGGUGUGUUGUGCUGCUGGCCGUGGGCCUGUGCUCCACGCUGCUACUGACCACAGUGGCCGCCCACCAGGAGGAGGAGGAGCCUAUCAUGGAGCUGGCGGAAGACAUGGGCGUGGAGGACGAGCUGGAGGACCUGGGCCUUGGGGAGGAGCUUCUGGACGGGGAGGUGGAGCCAGAGGAUGCAGACACACCACCGGGACCGCCUCCAGCCCCUAAAGUGACCUACAAAGCUCCCGAGCCCAUGGGGGAACACUUCUUCGCCGAGUCCUUUGACAGGGGGACCCUAGACAGCUGGGUCCUCUCAAAGGCCAAGAAGGAGGAUAUUGAUGAGGAUAUCGCCAAGUAUGAUGGUAAAUGGGAGGUGGAGGACAUGAAAGACAGCAAGCUGCCUGGAGACAAAGGCCUGGUCCUCAAGUCACGUGCUAAGCACCACGCCAUCUCAGCCCAGCUCCUCAGACCCUUCAUCUUCGACACCAAACCCCUCAUCGUCCAGUAUGAGGUCAACUUCCAGCAGGGGAUCGACUGUGGCGGUGCCUACGUCAAACUGCUCUCCCAGACCCCAGACCUUAACCUGGAUGAGUUUGUUGACAAGACUCCCUACACCAUCAUGUUCGGACCAGACAAGUGUGGCGAGGACUACAAGCUGCACUUCAUCUUCCGCCACAAGAACCCCAAGACUGGCGAGUACGAGGAGAAGCACGCCAAGAAGCCCGACUCAGACCUGCGCACCUACUACACCGACAAGAAGACCCACCUUUACACACUGGUGGUGAACCCAGACAACAGCUUUGAGGUGCUGGUAGACCAGACAGUGGUGAACAGUGGUAACCUGCUGACAGACAUGACCCCACCCAUCAAUCCUGCCGCCGAGAUCGAGGACCCCGAUGACCACAAGCCAGAUGACUGGGACGAGAGGCCCAAGAUCCAGGACCCUGACGCAGUCAAACCUGAGGACUGGGAUGAGGAUGCACCAAAACAGAUCCCAGAUGAGGAUGCAGUGAAGCCAGACGGCUGGCUGGAUGAUCAGCCAGAGUACACCAGUGACCCCGACGCAGUCAAGCCCGAGGACUGGGAUGAGGACAUGGAUGGCGAGUGGGAGGCCCCUCAGAUCCCGAACGCCCUCUGUGAGACCGCCCCCGGCUGCGGUGCAUGGCAACGGCCCAUGAUUGACAACUCCAACUACAAGGGCAAGUGGAAGGCCCCAAUGAUCGACAAUCCCAACUACCAGGGUGUGUGGAAGCCCAGGAAGAUUGCCAAUCCGGACUUCUUUGAGGACCUCCAUCCCUUCAGGAUGACCCCCUUCAACGCCGUGGGCCUGGAGCUGUGGUCCAUGUCCAGCGACAUCUUCUUCGAUAACUUCUUCAUCACCAACGAGCGGCACACGGCCGAGCGCUGGGCCAAUGACGGCUGGGGUUUGAAGAAAGCUGCUGAGGGAGCCGCUGAGCCCGGGCUGGUAAACCAAAUGAUGACUGCAGCAGACGAGCGUCCCUGGUUGUGGGUGGUCUAUGUGCUGACUGUGGCCGUGCCCCUCAUCCUCAUCAUUGUCUUCUUCUGCACCGGAAAGAAGGCUGUGGCUCCAGCUGCAGCUGACUACAAGAAGACAGACGAGCCUCAGCCAGACGUGAAGGAGGAGGAAGAGGAGAAGGCUGAGGAGGACCAAGUCAAGGAGGAGAAGAGCCAGCCAGAAGCAGCGGGGAAGAAGAGUGAUGCAGAGGACAGCCCUGCAGAGAAGGAAGAGGAAGAGGAGGAGGAAGAAGAAGAAGAAGAGGCAGCAGUAAAUGAGGAAACGGAGGCGGCAACUGAUCAGGUACGGGACAGUAAGAAACAAGAAGAUGAUGUCCUCAGGAGGUCCCCUAGAAACACAAAGGGGAGAAAGGACUGAAGUGGCUGCCACAACCCUGGAUCUUCUGAUUUAAACCAACUGGCCUGACCCCCCCCUCCCCCCGGCUCCCUUUAUUCCCUACCGCCUCCGGCUGUCUUCUUCACACCUCCCCCCUCCCAGGACGAUGAAGCGAUCUCUCUCAUCAGGAUCAACAGAAAACAAUCAUGACUGCCUCCAAUAUGGAAGUGUGGAUUCCAUUAUGGUGAAGAUGAAGACUGAGUUGUUGGUGUAGAAAGGGGCUUUUUCGAACAGCGAAGAAAGAAUAAAUCGAUUUCCCAUACCAUUCUGUAACAGUGCAGCAGACACUAACCUAGGGACCCCACCUUGUCUUCUCUUCUCCUCCCACCCCCAACACCCUAUGCUUCUGCUAAUCAGCCCCCCAUCCAUCCAUCCAUCCCGCAGAUCUAGACAGUAUUUAUCAACCGGUGAAUCUGGGCACCACUACAGCUCGUAGGUUUUAGCCAUUUUCCCCCUCAAUGUCUUCUUGCUUGGUCCAGUUUAACAGUCCCAUGUGUUUUGUAUGUGUCAGAGGAGUAGAUAGACUUAACAUGAGCAUUUCUGUUGAAGGUCGACAAAAAAAAAACAUGCAAUUUGGAUGUCUUGUCUGCUUUUAACACUGCAGUUGUGGUUUUGGGGGGGGUUUCAAGAGACAAACAUUCCCAUGAUAAACAGGUCUCCUCGACAUUUCAUUCCAUGUGGCUUCCACCACGUUUAACAAAAAAAAAGUGUGUUUAGUUGUAGAAUACCUCGCUCAAGUUGUUCCUAAUAGAUUGGAGCUGGGAGUAAGGGGGGAUCCAUUGUACAUGCUUAGUUCCCCGCAGAACUGUGGGGCGGGCAAAGUUUUUGAAACAGAGAGAGCUUAGUAAACGGGCUUCAAUAGAUUAGAUUCUGUGCUGCGUUACACAGCCCUAGAGAGAAAGGUUUGCUGAACGUUUUUCUUCUGUGAAUGUACUGUGACGUUUCUUUUAAUACUUUGUACAUGUCUUUUUUCAUUUGUUUUUGAUCUAUAAUGUAGGGAUAUAGUGUAAGUACAUUAACAAAUAUUUGUGAGGGAGGGAGUAUGUGAGGCUGGUGCUCGGAGGGGUGACUGUUGGUUGCCGGCAGGCUUCACGGAGAUGCCAAGGUUUUCAUACUGAUGUCCUUGCUCCUGCUGACUCAUCAAGAGAAGAUGGAGAAAACAAAUCCUGGCCCAGCUCGUGCAUCCUCCUCCCUCAUUGGUGGGAUAAUUCAGUCUCCCGCCUGGCUAUUGGUAGCUGAGUAAGUAAGCACAUCCUGUGACUGCAUUUCCUAAGUCAAAAGCAACAGCAGCAGAAUAUAACACAGAUCUUUAAGACUUUUACUCUUAUGUUUCUCAUGACAGUUUGAGUCUUACAAGAGUCAUAAAGAGUACUCUCAGGGUGUCAGACAAGCUUCCCCCCUCACUACUUUCUCACUGAAUGAUUCAUUGAUGUCUUUUCCUUUUAAACUUAAUCUCAUACGACAUAAAAAAGGAACUAAGGAGGAAAGAUUGGAACCGCCUACAGUAUUUUACGUUCCUUGUUUCUUUCUCCCAUUCUUGUGACCCUGUCUAUGCUCUUUUCAGAACAUCAUAAAAAGCAGUGGAAGUCAAAAGCCAUUAGAGGUUUGUCUCAUACAACAACAAAAAAAGAGUUGGCACUUUUCAAGGUAACUGAGGCUACCACGGAAUCACAUACUAGGUCAUUUGCUGUCUGUCUGCAUGGAACCCUGGUCAAGUUUUGUGGUCUCAGAUUCCUUAGUGGUGAAUGUCGGUCAGUCAUGUUUGGAAUCCUACAAUUCUUAUUCUCCGGUGUCUGAUCGAGCGAGGUGAAUGGGGAUUGGUUCCCCCGACAAAACUCUAAGCUGCAUGUGAUUGGGUGAUGAGGAUCCACAGCAGUUGUUGGUUUAUUGGGCAUUCAUCUACUACAGUACAUUUUGGAGGGCAGGGAGGAAAAGGUAGAACUUACGAUGUUACUCACAAAACAGAAAUAAACAGAUUUCAUUAAGAGAUUGGAGGUUGGCAGUGUGUUUUUCCUGUAUUGGUCUCAUGGUUUUGUGUGGCGGGGGGUCGUCACCCCUGAAAUUUAGUUGGCAUGUACAGCUUCCGCCUUGAGGAAAUAGACCUCCAUUUCUCAUUGUUUUCUUUUUUCUUAUUGUGAAAUGACCUGUGUCAUGGGGUGUAUGCGAUGUAGUUAGUUCCCACUGCAACCUGGUUAGUAAUGUUUCUUCAUGGUACCAUUGCUACAGGGUUUGUGUGAGGCUUAGAUAAAAUAUGAGGUGGGAGACCGAGACACCUAGUUGGCGUUUUCAAGAAAAUGAAAAGGUCAGAACUACACUUUUAUGAAUAUUCCUAAAGACAUGCAGCUCUCCUUUACGCUCUUUCUGGCUACCUUUUUCAUUUGCGUCUACAAAGUUGUCAUUAUUUUACCUUUUAUUUGGUUCUACCUAAAGCUGCCUAGAUAAGACUCCUAGACUGAACAGUGCACUGUAAUGUACCUUACAUAUAUCUCAGCUUUCCUGUGUGACAAUACUCUGAUGGGUCACCGAAAUGAAUGGGUUUAACCUAACUUAGUCCUGUACACUAGAGAGAUAAAAUGAACUAUAAAGAGUUACCUUUGGUUAUCACGGUUGAGAUUUAAUGUCACAUCAUGGGUAAAGUUGAAUAAUUGUUUAGUGGUGGCUUUAAAUACUGUGAUCACAAAUAGCGUGCAUAUGUGAAUAUGGGUCACAGACUGCUCCUCUGACCCAUGUCUGUUAUAAAUGCAGUCAUCUAUGAAUGGGGACGCCAUUUUCUUUUGAUGAAUAAAAAGGCCUAAUAGAAACUGA